GUACAAACUACUGCCUCCAUUUUUAACUGCUCAAUCUAUUAGGGCAGAUCCUUUCUAAGUGUCAUUCUCUGACUGCUAUAUUACUGGGGGUUCGUCCCUCUCUGAUUGUUUCCUUGGCAGCAUCUCUUCAUCUCUUUCCCCAAGGUCAUUCAUAUAUCCCAUUAAAUCAGGGCAAUGCCAGCACAAUGAACACCAGAUGUGGCAUAGUCCUAGAACCAGUAGGCCCAUUCAUUCUUGCCAGAGUUCAGCUGAAGCCUUUGUCCAUCAUCGUAGCCUCCAGACAUUGGGAUAAGACAUUCAUGGCUUCAUUUAAUUCACCAGGAAUAUAUCCGCAUUCUGCAUGCUCAUGAUAACUCACCCCAUGGCAAAGGACAAGUUCACCAAACAGCCUCAUGUAAAGAAAUGUUCAAUAAGAAAGGAAGAUCAUUCAACCAUGUGGCACCACAUAUAGUAGUGGCCAAGGGUGGGCCUCUCCUUCCUAAUUGCCACUUUCCAUAAUUGACCACAAAUAAAGGAGACAAACCAGGUAACCAGACAGCCCACCCCAAUCCCCUGAGCCAGUCCAUUGAAAGCUGCUGAGAGGUCAAUAGGCAACCUCCAUCCUGCCUAUGCUAGAUAUUAUCCAAAAUAGGAUAAAUACUGUUUCCAUCCCAUACCUGGGUCUAAAUCCUGACUGAAAAGGAUCCAGAUAAUUCACAGGGGCCCCUGAAACUUGAUCCCCAAAACCAAAUCCUUGAAGAUCAAGGACAAGGAACCUCCUAUUGUCCUCACCAUCAUCCCUGGAAAAAGCCAGGCAUCCCAUGGCAUUAUAGCUUCACCACUUGUCAGAGUCUCUGGCUCUCACCCAAGAGAAACCAGUCCAUUCAUAACAGCCUUGUAGCAAAUUAGUGGAAUCACCUUGUUUCUAUCUUAUCAGGGAGACCUGGAAGACAGGCAAAGUCUACUACAAAUAUUUUUAAUAUUUACAAUUGCCAUUCAAGAGUCACUUUGCAAAGAGAGAUGGAUGGCACAUACAUUUAAUAAACAAAGACAUCAAUAGAUAAAGUAUUAUUUCUCUUUUUAAAAAAAAUCUCGGAUCUGGUGAGGCUUGCCUCCAUUGGAAGUUUUCAAGAAGAGACCCAUUUUUCUCAAAAAGGUAUAGGAUUUUCUGCCCGAGCAGGGGUUGGACUAGAAGAUCUCCAAGGUCCCUUCCAACCCUUCUGUUAUUCUGUUACUUAUUGGUCCACUAAAUAGGGUCCAAUGACAGACGCCGGAAAGGUCGUAAGGAAGGACGAAUCCGAGUCAAACCGGGGGUGAAGAAUGCCGUUUGCUGAGCCAGCCUAAACGCACGGCGAGGAUUUACAGCGCUGCUGCGGUCGGCUGCUUAGGUACGCGGCGCUGUUCGUGCAGGCUCCCGAUGCAGCCGCUCAGCCUUCGGCCGCUCUUCUCAGACCAGGCGGCCUCAUUCCCCCUCUCCCUAUCUCCCCAGGCGAGCCCGCGUGACGCCGCGGGAGGCGAGGCCCUCCUGGGCGGCCGCCUCGCUCAAGCUCCGCCUCGCGCGCCUGGCCUCACGCUCUCCCGGCACAGGGGAAGCAGUUGAAACGGCGCCAUGGCGACCUCCGGCAGCUGCAGCGGGAGUGGCCGCCGGUCAGAGAGCGGCUCCGAGAGCAGGAGCCCGCAGCUUCAGCAGGCCGGCGGCCGGGGGCGGAGAGGCCCCGGCGCUUUAGCGACGGCCUAUCUAGUCCUUUAUAACGUGGUCAUGACAGCAGGGUGGCUUGUUAUAGCAGUUGGUUUAGUCAGAGCAUACCUUGCAACGGGUAGCUAUCAUAAACUCUAUCAUUCAAUAGAAAAGCCUUUGAAAUUCUUCCAGACUGGAGCUUUGCUUGAGAUCGUGCACUGUGCAGUAGGGAUUGUUCCUUCUUCUGUUGUCUUGACUGCUUUCCAAAUCAUGUCAAGAGUUUUUCUGACAUGGGGCAUAGCCCACAGUGUAAAAGAGGUGCAAAGUGAAGAUAGCAUCCUUCUUUUUGUCGUCGCCUGGACGAUCACAGAGAUCGUCCGUUACUCCCUUUUUACACUUUAGUUACUGAACCAUCUUCCUUUUAUCAAGUGGGCCAGGUAUACUUUAUUCAUCAUACUAUAUCCAAUGGGAGUUACUGGAGAAAUGCUCACAGUGUAUGCUGCUCUGCCCUUUGUCAAGCGAUCUGGUUUAUUUUCUAUUAGUUUACCUAACAAAUAUAAUUUUUCAUUUGACUACUACACAUUUCUGAUCCUGGUUAUACUUGUUUACAUUCCAAUCUUCCCUCAGCUGUAUUUUCAUCUGUUACAUCAGAGAAGAAUACUCUCUGUUACUGAAGAACACAAGAAAUCUGAAUAAUUCCAACUUCUAUUUAGAGUUGUGCCCAAAUAUGUAUACAAACAGGAACCUACCCAAAUAUGAACACUCAAUCCAAGUUAUAAAUAAUACAGAAUACAAUACAGAUAGAGAAACUCAAAUAAAUACUUGAUCAACUGCUCAAAUAUUACUAAAAUUAUCAACAGUAGUAAUUUUAGUAAAAUCAUUAUCCUAUGAAAUUGCAUUUUCCAGCAUGUCUUGUUAUAGUGAAACCUGUUUUUAUUUUUUUACUAUUAUCUCUUGAUUAAAAACUACCAUCACAUGCUUGAUAAUUAAGGUCAUAGAUAAUUAAACAUUAUGCUUGGAUUAGGAUUAGAAUUAUUUCAAAUUUUGCAUGUCUUACAUUGCAUCAUAACAAUAUUAUCUGGAAUGCUUUGAAACAUUUGCCUAAACUGCCAUCAGCUUCCUAAAAAUUGCUUAUUCUGAUCUUACAGAAAAUCAUAUUCAUAUCCAACAAGCCUAAACAAAGAGACAGUGUUACCAUUUUAAUAGCUGUAACCAGUUGCAUAAUCUGCACAACAGAUUUUGUUUUAUGUAGUUGGGCCUUAAAAUACUGCAUUGUUGCACAAGAGUGAAUGAGUGUUUUAGACAUGCAACGUAAUCAAUACCUCAAACUUGGAUGUUCUCUUGCUAUUCUUGAGUGCUUCUCUCCACCAAAACCCUGUUUUAUUGAAAUGCACACAUUAUAGCUAAUUUGUUUUUAUAAUCUGUAUUUAAUUGUUGAAGUACAAAG